GAAUUAUCACCAACAGACCAAUAAUCCAUACGGAUUGAUACGGACUAGAGAAAUAUUAUUAAAUUAAAAUGAAGGUGCUUCUAUCAUUUUUUAUUGUUUCAAUGGCAAUGUUAGUCACUGCCAAUCCCAGUAAUUUGGAGUACGACGUUCAAAAGUUGGCAUUUGAUUUUCCUGUCACUGAAGCGCAAAAACAAUGCAUGGAAAAAGAAUGGGAUAAAUUAGUUCAAAAAUAUCCUGAUUUGGAGCCAUGGUUCAAAGAUGCUAAAAAUAUCGGCGAAAAAUUGAAAUUGGAAGCUGAGAGAUGUGCCAAUCUAUCUGGAGUUAAAAAAGCAGUUUGUUUUGCCAAACUGAAAUCAACUGAGCUUAACGAGUACCGAAGGCUAAUCGAUCUAUUGCCAAGUCAACACAAAUUCGUUCUAACUGAAAUUAAGAGCGCUCUCAAGGGCUGUAUGAAGGCUUGAGUUCUGUAUGAACUAUAUCUGGCUUCAAAUACAAAUUUACAAUAAAAUGUUGUUUUCUUUACUGUAAAAAAA